CGCAGAGAGGACUCUCUGGUGGUGACCCAGGCCUUGUCAGAUCUGAGAUUCUUGGAAUCUCAGAUUGUGGGGGUGUGGAUGGUGAAUGAAUUUGGGUAUGCCCCCCUUUACCCCAGAACUGAAGAGGAAGCAAACUACUUGCCACACUUGAGGCUGCGUGACUAUUCAGAGAAGGGAGGAGCCACUUCUGAAUUCAGAGUAGGACUGCAUCACCAGGCAAAUACCUGUUCUGAGCCAGAAAGACUCUGGCUUCUGAGGAGAUCCUGAGAGUCUGAGUAGUGCCAGGAAGCAGCCUCAGAAUUUGGGGGCCCAUUACACACCCCAGCCAUGUUCCUGCGACGGCUUGGUGGCUGGCUACCUCGCCCUUGGGGCCGCCGGAAACCAAUGAGGCCUGACCCGCCUUACCCAGAACCCAGACGGGUGGACAGCUCCUCGGAGAAUUCAGGAAGUGACUGGGAUAGUGCCCCAGAAACCAUGGAAGAUGUGGGGCAUCCCAAGACUAAGGACUUGGGGGCAUUGAGGGUUUCUAGGGCUGCUUCUGAACCAAGCAAGGAGGAGCCCCAAGUUGAGCAGCUAGGGAGCAAAAGAAUGGAUUCCCUCAAGUGGGACCAGCCUAUCUCUAGCACUCAAGAGUCUGGGAGACUGGAGGCUGGAGGGGCCAGUCCCAAACUCGGAUGGGAUCAUGUGGAUUCAGGUGGCACCAGGAGACCAGGGGUGUCCCCUGAAGGGGGACUGAGCGUCCCUGGGCCAGAAGCCCCAUUGGAGAAACCUGGUAGGCGUGAGAAGCUGUUGGGCUGGCUGCGGGGGGAACCAGGAGCUCCCUCCCGGUACUUGGGGGGCCCAGAAGAGUGUCUGCAGAUCUCCACCAACCUGACCCUGCAUCUUCUGGAGCUGCUGGCCUCUGCCCUGCUGGCCCUGUGCUCACGACCACUGCAGGCAGCGUUGGACACACUGGGCCUGCGUGGACCGCUGGGCCUCUGGCUACAUGGCCUACUGUCCUUCCUGGCUGCCCUGCAUGGGCUCCAUGCUGUUCUGAGCCUACUUACUGCCCACCCUUUGCACUUCGCCUGCCUCUUUGGUCUCCUGCAGGCCUUGGUGCUGGCUGUCAGCCUCCGGGAGCCCAAUGGGGAUGAGGCGGCCACUGACUGGGAGAGUGAGGGGUUGGAGAGGGAAGGUGAGGAGCAGAGGGGAGACCCGGGAAAGGGGCUGUGACCGUGGGGUGGGGGCAAAGGGUGAAGAGAGUGUGGGCUUUAGGAGAAAAGUGUGAGGCAUGACCCAAAUUGUAAGCAUAGGGACCUCAGGGAUGGGGAAGAAACCCCAGAGUACGAGGGUGCAGGGCCCCCCUUCAUACACAGGAGAGAACAGAACUAUUUAGGGUGUUUGUGUUUAUGGACAGUGAGGGCACUGCCCUUGGAUUCACCAGCUGUUAUUUUUGCUUUUACUUUUCUCCCACCUUCAUUUUUUUUUUUUUCCACCUCCACUUUUUAAAAGCAAAAAAAAAAAAAAGUGUGGGGGUGGAGAAUAAAGACCAAAGGGUCCUCUCUACCUUUCAAAACUCUCCUGGGGUGGAGGAGACCAGGGCAGGAUAGACAGACCUCUGCAGUAAGAGAGUGGUUGGGAAACCCAGGGUGUUCCUUGGAUCUCAGGAUCUGAGCCAUCGAGGGAAGAGUGGGGCUGCUAGGCAAGUGGAUUAGGGGGUCUGGAUAGGGCCCCACAGGUGACAGGGAGCCUGCAGGGCGGAUCUGGUGAUCAUGGGAGCCAGAGGGAAUGGGGACAGUGCAGGCAGUAUUGGCAGGAGGGCCAGUGCAGAAGGGCUGGUAGCUCAGGCAGUGUGGGGGAAGCACUGAAGCCUGUAGUCCCCACUUGGGGGCUAGGGGUUUGCUCACUCAGCAAUAAAUAACUGUGUCACAUCAAAUCCUAAAUAUACCACUACAAAGUGAUAGUUA